UUUUUUUUCUCUGUAAUAUCAUGUCUGAAGACUCUUCGUGGCACGAAGCCCCUACACAAGGACAACCUGUUGAACCACAGAGUCGUAAAGUAGUUGUUGUUCUUGAGAACGCCUCUUUAGAAGCAGCUCGUGUAAACCCUUUUCGUAGCGAAAGUAAGAUGCAGUUGCUGAACUGUGACGAACACCAGUCUGUUCUAAAGAGGCUUGGUAGAGAUAUUGCUGAUGCUAGACCUGAUAUUGUUCAUCAAUGUCUUUUGACUUUAUUAGACAGCCCUUUAAACAAGUCCGGUCACUUGGAAGUAUAUAUUCAUACAGCAAAAGGCGUGGUGAUUCGUAUUAAUCCUGCAUGUCGUAUACCAAGAACUAUCAAACGUUUUUCAGGAUUGAUGGUUCAAUUAUUAGAAAGAGGCAGCAUUUCAAGUGAUAUCGAAGGACACACUAAAUUAUUAGAAAUUAUUCCACCCCCAGUAGAUCAAUACUUGCCUUCAAAUGCUAGAAAAAUUGCACUUUCUUGGAAUGCAUCCAAGGUACGCUUGUACAACUUUUUCAAAGAAAUGCCUGAAGGACAACCUGUUGUUGUUGCUGUGGGCGCUAUGGCUAAGGGUCCUGAUACUUUUGCUGAUGAAUAUGCAACUGAAAAGAUUGGUAUUUCAAGCUAUGCUCUAUCAGCCUCAGUUGCUUGUGGCAAAGUGUGUUGUGCAUUUGAAGAUUUAUGGGAUAUUAUGUAGUUUACUCUCUCUUUUUUUAUCAUUAAAUUAUUGUACAGUCAUUUUAAGAAGUCGCUUCCAGAUUGGAC